AUGGCUCUCAUUUCCACGACUAGCUUGGUUGUGCUGAUUGUCGGCUGGCUCUGGCUGCAGCCUUGGGCGAGUGCACAAUUAUGUUAUAACCAAAGCACUGCCAUCAAUGGGACACCAUUCCCACCGUUGAUCGAAGCUACCACAGAGGACCUUGCUAAGGGACUUGAGGCUGGUUUGUUUACGAGUGUGGAUCUUGUGACGGCCUAUAUUCAACGUAUCAUGGAAGUCAAUACGACUUUGCAUAUGGUGACCCAGCUCAAUCCCGAUGCUCUCGCUAUCGCUGCCCAGCUUGACGAGCAGCGCGCUCAGAGCAAUGUCCUCGGGCCAUUGCAUGGGAUCCCUAUUCUUAUCAAAAAUAACAUUGCCACCGCCGACAAUAUGGACAAUACCGCCGGCUCUUACGCCUUGGCGGGUGCUAAGGUACCUAGGGAUAGUACCAUGGCCGCGAAGCUCCGGCAAGCAGGAGCCGUGAUACUGGGCAAGACAAAUUUGUCCCAAUGGGCCAAUUAUCGAAGUUUCAACACCAGCAACGGCUGGUCUGCUAUCGGAGGACAGACUCAAGGGGCGUACUAUCCUGGCCAGGACCCAUCAGGGUCGUCUUCCGGAAGUGGUGUUUCAAGCUCUCUGGGUCUUGCGCUUGCUGCUCUUGGAACAGAGACAGACGGAUCGAUCUUAUCGCCCUCAGAUGUCAAUAACUUGGUUGGUAUCAAGCCAACGGUCGGGUUAACCUCCAGGGAUCUUGUAAUCCCAAUAUCCGAACAUCAGGAUACUGUGGGACCGAUGGCUCGCACAGUUAAGGAUGCAGCGUAUCUCCUGGCUGCGAUCGCUGGAAAAUCACCCCACGACAACUACACGGACGCGAUACCCUUUGAUACAAUCCCUGACUACGUUGCAGCUUGCAAUUUUUCGGCCCUGAAAGGAAAGCGUAUUGGUGUCCCACGCAACUUGAUUGACUUGACUGCCGAUCCUCCUGCCGCCCCGAUUGUGCCCGUCUUUGACGCUGCGCUAGAGAUUUUGCGGAAAGCCGGGGCGAUCAUCGUUGACAACACGAAUUUCACGGGCUAUGAAGCUUUGAACGAGGGCAAUUAUAGCAAUGUUGUUCUUGAAGCGGACUUCAUCAGCGACCUCCCUAAAGAAUACCUCUCCCAACUGUCGUACAAUCCCAACAAAGUGUACUCGGUGGCCGAUGUGCGCAAUUUCACCCACGCCUUCCCGCUGGAAGACUGGCCCGAGCGUGACACUCUAGUCUGGGAUUCGGCUUUGGCGCUAGGCUUCAACAACACCUCGCCGGAGUUCUGGUCGAAUUAUACUAUGAACACAUACCUGGCCGGUCCGCUGGGGGUGACGGGUGCAUUGAAGAAUUAUUCUCUCGAUGCGCUCGUCCUGCCCACGGAAUUCUCACCUAACUUUCCUGCGCUCAUCGGCUCUCCUGUGAUCACUGUUCCCCUAGGCUCUUAUCCUCCGGACACCGAGGUUCUGGUCAAUGGCUUUGGGAACUUGAAUGCCACGGCCCCAAACAUUCCUUUCGGCAUCAGCUUCAUGGGCCCGCAUUUCAGUGAGGAACUGUUAAUUGGACUGGCGUAUGCAUUCGAGCAGCGAACCUUGGUCAGAAACACAAUCACCCCGUACAUCCAGCCGGUGACUGAACUCGUGGAUGUGGUGAACAAAAAGGCCGGGAUAGCAGGCUAG